AUGCCACCAAAAAAAGUAGUUAAAGAAGAGAAAAUACUGCUUGGUAGGCCAAGUAAUAAUUUGAAGAUUGGUGUUGUUGGUUUACCUAAUGUCGGAAAGUCAACCUUUUUCAAUGCCCUUACAAAUAGUGCUGUAGCAGCAGAAAAUUAUCCAUUUUGUACAAUUGAUCCAGAAGAAGCACGAGUUGCAGUACCAGAUACUCGAUUUGAUUGGUUAUGUGAAUCAUAUAAACCAGCUUCUAAGGUGCCAGCAUAUCUUAGUGUUAUUGAUAUUGCUGGUUUGGUUAAAGGUGCAUCUACUGGUGCUGGUUUAGGAAAUAACUUUCUUAGUCAUAUUAGGGCUGUAGAUGCAAUAUUUCAUGUUGUUCAAGAUGUAAUUCAUGUUGAAGGAGAAAUUAAUCCUAUUAGAGACUUGGAAAUUAUUCACAAUGAACUUCGUCUUAAAGAUGAGGAAUUUUUGGGUAAAAAAGUUGAAGAGUUAUCAAAAAAUGUUGCACGUAUUGGAAAAGGUGGAGGUACAGCUGAUAAAGCUAGAAAAGAAGAAUUGGAAAUUACACAAAAAAUUUUAACAACUGUUCAAGAUAACAAAGAUGUUAGAAAAGCAAAUUGGAAUAAUAAAGAGAGAAAUUCACAACAGGUUGAAAUCAUUAAUUCUUUACAUUUGCUUACUGCAAAACCUGUAAUUUAUUUGGUAAACUUGAGUGAAAAAGAUUAUAUUCGUAAAAAAAAUAAAUGGCUGCCAAAAAUAAAGUCUUGGAUUGAUGAAAAUAAUCCAGGAGAUUCAUUACUUCCAUUGAGUGUGUCGCUUGAACAACGUCUUUCACUUUUACCAACGAAAGAAGAAAAGGAUAAUUUAUUAAAGGAGCUAGAAAUUCAAUCCGCUCUACCAAAAAUCAUUGUUGCAGGAUAUCAAGCAUUACAAUUAAUUUAUUUCUUCACAUGUGGUCCUGAUGAAGUUAGAGCUUGGACAAUUAGAAAACAAACAAAAGCACCAAAAGCUGCUGGAAAAGGAUUUAUUUUGGUAGAAAUUAUGAAGUUUGAUGAUUUAAAAGAACAUGGGACAGAAAGUGCAGUAAAGGCAUCUGGUAAAUAUUUACAAAAAGGAAAAGAUUAUAUUUUUGAAGAUGGUGAUAUUGCUUAUUUCAGAUCUGGGCUUGCAAAUAAAAAAUGA